AUGUUUCUCGAUUUACUAGAGAUCCCUAGCUUGAAAUGCGUCUAUCUUGUUAUCGACGCGCUAGACGAGUGCGAAACCAAUCUCGCUGAGCUCCUACAUCUGAUCGUACAUUUAUCGUCGUCUUCAUCUUCCGGCGUAAGGCUGAUCGUCUCAAGCCGCAACUGGCUCAUCAUUGAAGACGCUCUGGAUGACGCCACGCAAAAGGCUCGACUUUCGUUAGAGCUGAAUAGGCAAUGUGUGUCGAUUGCUGUUGGCAGAUACAUUAGCUACAAAGCAAGCCAACUAGCACGCCUCAAGGGAUAUGACGACAAACUAGGCAAUGCUGUUCGACGACACCUGUCACUCAAUUCAAACGACACGUUCCUGUGGGUAUCUCUGGUCUGCCAGGAACUGGCGAGUGACAAGGUGAGGAAAUGGCACACGCUUGCGAAAUUGAAUACGUUUCCACCAGGCUUGGAUUCUCUUUACACGCGAAUGUUGAAUCAUAUUGAAGGGUCAAUUGACGCAAACUUUUGCAAGCAGGUCCUUGGACUGUUGCUGGUCGCGCAUCGGCCACUGGCCAUAGAAGAGAUGCUGCAUCUCCUAUGUUUACCGGCUAGUUUUCCAGCUGACCUCGAGAGCCUAGAGGAAAUUGUUGGCCUCUGCGGUUCUAUAUUAACUAUCCGCCAUGACAUCGUGUACUUUGUACAUCAGUCAGCCGCAGACGUUUUGAAGGAUAGUGCGUCAAAACAAAUUCAUCUACAUGGUGAAGCCCAUGAACAUCGUAUCAUCUUUACGAAGUCACUACGAUUAAUGUCUAACACGCUCAGGCGCGACAUCUAUAGUCUGAUCAUUCCAGACACUCUUAUCGAUGAUGUUCAGCCGCCUGAUGACAACCCACUGUCGACAGCUGGAUACUCUUGUAUCCACUGGAUUGACCACUUUGCAGCUGGGUCUCUUGACGAUGCAAACUGUCCCCAGGCCGUUACCUUGGUCAAAGACUUCCUAGAAAUACAUUUUCUUCAUUGGUUAGAAGCCAUCGCUCUUCUGAGAAUUAAGGGAGGCGGGAUAGUCCUUGUGGACAGGCUUCUCCGGACAUUUCAAGACGGCCUCGUCAACGUCAAAGGAGUGGACCAAGAAUGGGACGCGCAUCGGCAAACCCUCGAUGGGCACAAAGCCCGUGUCACGGCAAUUGCGUUUUCGGCAGAUGGUCGCCUUCUUGCAUCAGGGUCAAGAGACCAAACAAUCCGCCUUUGGGAUGCGACGUCUGGUCUAAUCCGGUGUAAACUGAACGGGCACCGAGAAAUGAUCACAUUUGUGGCUUUUUCCUCGGACAGUAAAUUUCUAGCAUCCGCUGAGGAUGGGAACAAAAUUUACCUUUGGGAUACGGCUUUUGGUUCACUACGGGCUGUUCUUGAGGGUCACAGAAGGAUCGUAACGUCGAUCGCCUUCGCUCCAGACGGCUAUCUUUUGGCUUCAUCUUCGCAGGAUGCAACCGUUCGUCUGUGGAAUACGGACCGAGGGGUACUUGUGAAAAUAAUUAGUGGUCGUCAUGAUUGGGUGUGCCGAGUUACUUUCUCGCCGGACGGCCAAACACUGGCAUCGACGUCAAAAGAUGGAACAUUCCAGAUAUGGGACGUCACAAAGGGCUUGCGUCGACAUAUAACGGAUCACGAAGACAUCUCGAAUGAGUCACCCAUACAAUAUUCGCCAGAUGGACAACUCAUAGCCGUAGGAUAUUCCGAUGGAGCAACCCGUAUCUGGGAUGUGGAGAGAGGAACCUGUCGACAAACACUAAACGCGGAAGAGCUAUGGCGCAGUAUCCAUUCAGUCAGUUUCGCGCCCAAUGGCAUGCUACUGGCAACAGCAUCAGAACAUAAGACGGUUCAAAUCUGGGAUUUGAUGACAGGGGAGUAUCACCGAACUCUUGACGGGCACAGUGCGGGUGUCAGUACUGCCGUCUUCUCGCCCAAUGGGCAAGUCAUAGCGUCUGCAUCAUCAGACGGGACCAUACGAACUUGGGAAGUGGCAACGGGAAAUCAGUUGCAAUCGCACGAUGGCCACAACAGCAUAGUCAGGGAAUUGGUCUUUUCACCCAAUGGGCACAUCGUGGCUUCCAUCUCGGAUGAUAAGACAAUUCAAUUAUGGAAUGGCACAAGCGGCAAAUACGAGCAAACUCUGUUGGGUAACAGUGGACAAGCGUCAACGAUAGCCUUCUCCCCCGACGGUCGUCUGCUGGCCUCGGUGUUCGAGGAUGGGGUCGUUUGGGUCUGGGAUGUGUUGACAAACGAAAGCCAAAGCUCGUGCCACGGUCAUGAAGGUUUGGUCACGGCUGUCACAUUUUCCCCGAACGGAAGACUGGCAGUGUCAUCAUCCCUUGAUAAGACGAUUCGGCUAUGGAAUGUGGCAACAGGCGAGCUACAACAAACAUUACAUGUUAAAUGGUCUCAUAGGAUCAGGUUUGAUCAGACAUCUAAUGUGAGACUUUUGACUAGCGCGGGCAGCCUACGCAUGGCCGAAGAUACUUCCAUGGACGCAUCAACAAUCCAAACCAGGCUAUUACCAAUCGAAUUUGGUCUCAGCCCCGAGAAUGAUUGGAUAUUGAUAGAUUCAGAGAAAGCGGUAUGGAUUCCACCAGAAUAUCGACCCACUGCAUCAGCUGUUCGAGAUUCAGUAAUCUUCAUUGGCUGUCAUUCCGGUCGCGUAUUGCGUAUCAUCGCCCCGUGA